UCAUUUGGUCGUUGAAAUCACCCGGUGAUCGGAGCGAGCUUCAAGCCCGCGCGAAUUCUAACACUCUCUCCCUUAACAGUGCUGGUAGGCAGGUGGUGUGUUCCAAGCAAGAAGCGAAAGAAAACGAAGUGUGAUUCUGGUGAAUUCUAUAUUGCUGGUGCCAUUUGACGCCCUCGGUUCUGGGUGUAGUGUAAUCCACUCUUCGUGCGUUAACUUUAGCGUGUAACCAAACUCAGCUAAACACGUGGCCCACUCAGCAACAGAAGCAGCAGCAACAUGGCAUCGUUAAAGUUUGAUGACAAUAACGUACCCUAUCUCGACCUCGGCAACGGCUAUCGGAUCGCACUGGAAGGUGACGAGUACUCCGAUGCGAAAGCGAAGGAAAAGGCCGCCCGGGAGUUGCGCGAAACGCCGGAUGUGGUGGAGAAGUCGCUGCAAGAAUUGCGCUCCCUGCUGCAAGAGGAAAAGACUCUUUACGUCCCGAUGGAUAAUGAUCCGUUCAUGAUAAAGUUCCUGCGGCCGUGUAAAUACUACGCACAGAGUGCCUUCGAGCUGAUUAAACGCUACUAUCGCUUCCGGAGCAAACAUCCGGACCUGUGCGACGAGCUGUACCCCCGUUCGGUGAAGCAUGUGUACGAGGAAGGAUUGGUCCAUUUUCUGCCGAUGCGCGAUCAGCACGAUUCCCGCAUACUGGUGCUCGAGUGUGGCAAGAAAUGGAAACCAUCCAAGGUGUCCCUCACGGAUCUGUUCCGUGCGGUACAGCUCGCACUGGAGGCAGGCAUGUACGAGCCGCGGACGCAGCUGAACGGUGCCGUCGUCAUACUGGACAUGGAGGGACUGGCGCUGUCACAGAUUAUGCAGUUUACGCCAAAGUUUGCGGCGAUGGCACUCGACUGGAUUCAGCAGUGUACGGCGAUGCGCUUGAAGUCGGUACACAUCGUCAACAAUUCGUACCUGUUCAAUAUGCUGUUUGCCAUUUUUAAGCCCUUCCUGACGGAGAAGCUGCGCAAGCGGCUAUUCUUCCACCAAAAGGAUUGGAACUCACUGACGUCUCAUGUCGAUGCUAAGUGCUUGCGUCCGAAGUAUGGUGGCACCCUGGAAUGUCUGGAAACCGACGGAAAGCUGCUCGGGGAAAUGUUUGAGCUGUACCACAAAGAAUAUGAACUUGCCAACUCUUUCGGAUACCUCCGGAAACAGGAUUAGCGGUGUACUGGGGAGAGAGUGUUUGUAUCAUAGACGAUCUUUUUAACGAGCUAGCGUUUUAAAUAUUAAACAGGAACAAAGAUUGUGAUAUCGAGCAUUAUCAAAUGACAAUCUUAACAGCCUCUUUUUAUCAUGGACGGGAUGAUUCUUGGGUUUUGUGCGAGUGUUUCGUGUACUUAUUAAGUGGUUUUUAAUUAGGAGUGACGCUAGCAGAGUAGCGUGGAAUAGCGCCAUUAUUGUUUUGUAUGUUUGACAGUGCAAUAUCUAAGUCAAUGACUAAAGACGAAUAAAAAAAUCAAGUGGAAGGUUCUAUGUCGGAAAGAA